AAAGAGUUCCAUUCCCAUUUCCUUUCAUGUAUAAGAAAAGGGGGAAACCAAGGAAUUGAGUGAAAAAAUGAAGGGUUCAUUUUUUGUCUGCGUUUUCAUGGUCUUCUUACACCAAGGCUUUGCAGAUGAAAAUGAAGAAGCAAAUGGAAAUGGAGUUGUUAAAAUAGGGGUGGUUUUGGCUAUGGGUUCAUUGGUUGGAAGAGCGAGCAAUAUGUGCAUAAGCAUAGCCCUUCAAGAUUUCUACAGGGACAACCCCAACUUCACCAGUAGACUGCAUCUUUCUACCAGAGAUUCCGGCGGAGACGUUGUGCAGGCAGCUUCAGCUGCUUUGGAUCUCAUCAAGAACGUAGAGGUGCAAGCAAUAAUAGGGCCUCAAACUUCAGCAGAAGCCCAAUUUUUAUCAGAUCUUGCCAACAAAUCCCAAAUCCCCGUUAUAUCCUUCUCUGCAACCUCUCCAUCUCUCUCCUCAACCCACACCCCCUAUUUCAUUAGAGCAAUACCCAGUGACUCAAUCCAAGCCAAACCCAUUGCUUCUCUCAUCAAAUUCUACAAAUGGAGACAAGCCAUUGUUGUAUACGAAGACACGGAUUACGGAGCCGGCUUCAUUCCUUACCUGACUGAUGCUCUCUCAGAGAUUGGCUCUCGUCUUCAGCAUAGAACCCUUCUCCCCUCCGUUGCAAGUGAUGAAUUGAUCAGAAAGGAGCUCUACAAAGUCAUGACCAUGCAAACUAGAGUUUUCGUAGUCCACAUGUCGUAUCCUCUUGCAUCUCGCUUUUUUCGACAGGUUAAACAACUGGGCAUGAUGAGUAGAGACUAUGCUUGGAUCAUAACAGAUGGGCUCACAAACUUGUUGAAUUCUAUGGAUCCGUGGACCAUAGACUCGAUGCGAGGGGUUUUAGGGGUGAGAGCUUACAUUGAAGGGACUCAGCGUUUGGAUAAGUUCUCAACUAGGUGGAAGAGAUACUACAGGAAAGAGUACCCAAAUGAAAUUGACAUCCCUCAUUUCAAUGUCUUUUGUUUAAGAGCCUAUGAUGCAACUAGGGUUUUGGCUUUGGCAGUGGAGAAAUCCGGCGGUAGGUCCGUCGGUUUCCUGCGACCUACUGCCGGACAAAUGACCGCGAAUUCGACUGAUUUGUUGACUUUAGGGAUUUCCCCGGUUGGCCCUCGGCUAUUAAGUGCCAUAUUAGACACUAAACUCAAGGGCUUAACCGGCACUAUCCGAUUUGUUAACGGUGAAAUACAAGGCUCAACCUUUCAAAUAGUGAACGUUGUGGACAAAAGUGUGAGAGAAAUUGGGUUUUGGUCCCCGGAAGCUGGAAUUUCGAGGGAGAUUAGCAGGAAAGUGGUCCAUAGGAGGAGCAAUGACGUGGAAAAUUUGGGACCAGUGAUCUGGCCGGGGGAAUCGACGGUGACCCCUAAGGGUUGGGUGUUCCCCACCAAUGGGGUCAAGAUGAAGAUUGGGGUUCCGGUUAAGAAGGGGUUUAAGGAGUUUGUGAACGUGGAAUGGGGACCGUUGGAUGGGAGACCGACGACUACGGGGUUUUCAGUUGAUGUGUUCCAUGCGGUUGUGAAGGGGUUGCCUUACGGACUCGAUUACGAGUUCGUUCCUUUUGCUGAUGAUCAUAGGAAAAAAGCGGGGACAUACAAUGAGCUGGUUUACCAGGUCUUUCUUGGGAAAUACGAUGCUGUUGUGGGUGACGUGACAAUCAUCGCGAACCGAUCGAAUUAUGUUGAUUUGACGCCACCCUACACAGAGUCUGGGGUGUCAAUGAUCGUGCCAGUGAGGAAGGAGAGGGGAAGCAGAGCACUAACAUUCUUGAAGCCAUUGACAUGGGAGCUAUGGGUGACUGCUUCAUGUUUCUUCUUUUUCAUGGCAUUCGUGGUCUGGUUUUUGGAACACCGGAUAAAUGACGAUUUUCAAGGUCCUCCAAGUGAACAAGUAGGCAGGGCUCUGUAUUUCUCCUUCUCGACGCUCGUCUUCGCGCAAAGAGAUAAAAUAACUAGCAAUUUGACACGAUUCGUGAUCAUCCUAUGGCUCUUUCUCUUGCUCAUAUUAACCAACAGUUACACGGCAAAUUUGGCCUCAAUUCUCACUGUUGAGCAAUUACAACCCACUGUCACAGAUGUUCAAACUCUGAUAAGAAAUGAAGAUAUUGUGGGAUACCAAGGUAAUUCUUUUGUAGAGGAUCUUUUAAUCAAGUUGGGCAUUUCACGGUCAAAGCUUAUAGAAUUUGACAGUGCUGAAGAAUAUGUUGAGGCAUUGUCAAAGGGAAGCUCUCAUGGUGGGGUUGCUGCAAUAUUUGAUGAGAUUCCUUAUAUCAAGAGCUUUCUCUCGAACCGCACCAACGAUUUCAUGAUGGUCGGGCCAACUUACAGGACUGGAGGCUUUGGCUUUGUUUUCCCAAAAAACUCCCUACUACUUUCCGACAUUUCCUCCUCUGUCCUCAAUGUAACAGAAGGGGAGACAAUGGUUUCAUUGGAGAAACGAUGGUUUCCCAAACAAGACACAAGUUCAAGCUGGUCAUAUUCCCCCUCCUCCAAGGGCUUGAGCCUAGAUAGCUUUUGGGGCCUCUUCCUCAUGGUUGGAACAGCUUCCAUGGGAGCUCUAAUCAUCUUCUUCAUUGGCAGUUGCAAUGAGCAUUGGAAUAGAACGGUAAGUGAAACAACACCGAUGACCAAAGGCUUUUGGCCAAGAAUUGUCGCCAUGGCUAAACACUAUAUUGAGAGAGAUCUUUCUUUGCAUACUUUUCGAAGAAAACAAAGGAAAGAGGGAGAAACAGAGGAGAAUAGAGAAGUUGCUCUUGCCCCAACAGUUACAGAGAACCCUUUGAGCUCCCAUACCAAUGCAGAAUGCCUUUCCAUUGAGGAUGGUUCACCACCUCAUAGUACUUCAGUAUCUGCCGACGGUGAUGAUGAUUAUGCACCCAUACAAGAAAGGCAUGCUCCAACUCCCGCCGACGGUGAUGAAGAUGAUGAUGCACCCAUACAAGAAAGGCAUGCUCCAACUCCCGCCGACGGUGAUGAAGAUGAUGAUGCACCCAUACAAGAAAGGCAUGCUCCAACUCCAUGAUGCUUAGUGUCGAGUUCAUUUUUUGGCUCAAGCCCCAAAACAUGGCUCAUUGAUGAACUGGGUCUUCAUAUACAUUAGCAUGCAACUAAUCUAAGGAAUAUGGACUACAACAAGGAUGGAAACUCGCCGACCUGUGGACAUAUCAAGAUAUUUUCCAAUUCACAUUUUUAUCUCUUACCAAGUUUCUUAAAGAGUUCAUUCCUCA